ACAUUAAGGAAUCUAGACGGCCGUACGUGCAGGACCCGGAAGUGACGUAGGGGUCUGUGUAAUGGGGUGGUAAUGGCGGUUGUGGGUGGGUGUUGUUGAAGUCUCCGCUGCCCUGAACAACUAUGUCAUCCUUUCAAGAAAUUCCAUCUUCAAGCAGUAACCUUCAAACUUCAAAUUUUGCACAUGUCAUCUUUCAAAAUGUAGCAAAAAGUUAUCUUCCUAAUGUGCAUCUUGAGUGCCAUUACACUUUGACUCCAUAUAUAAAUCCCCACCAAAAAGAUUGGGUUGGUAUUUUCAAGGUUGGCUGGAGCACAGCACGAGACUACUAUACAUUUCUCUGGUCACCUAUGCCUGAAAAUUAUCAGACAGGAUCAACAGUUAACUGUGUGCUGUCUUUUCAAGGAUAUUAUCUUCCAAAUGAUGAUGGUGAAUUUUAUCAGUUCUGCUAUGUGACACAUAAGGGUGAGAUCCGUGGAGCAAGCACCCCUUUUCAAUUUCGAACAUCAUCUCCUGUUGAAGAAUUGUUAACAAUGGAAGAUGAAGGGAAUUCUGAUAUGUUGGUGGUAACUACAAAGGCUGGACUUCUUGAGUUCAAAAUUGAAAAAACUCUGAAGGAAAAAGAAGAACUAUUAAAGGUAACCAGCUCUCUCGAGAAGGAGUCUGUCCAACUAAGAGACCAAGUUGAAAGACUGGAAAAAGAACUUGAUCAUGAAAAGGAAAGAAGUGCUCAGCUUGAAGCACUACAAAAGGAUAACUUCAAAACUGCAGAGAAUCUAAAAACAGAAAAUGAUGAACUCAAGAAAAAAUGUGAGGAGGCUACUUCCAGAGUUCUCCAACUUGAAGAAGACAUCAUGACUGUUACACAGAAAGCUAUAGCAAAAGAAACAGAAUUAGACAGCUUGAAAGACAAACUGAAGAAAGUUGUCCUUGAGAAGGAACAACUUGAAUGCCAGUUAAAGACAGAGAAGGAUGAAAAGGAGCUCUACAAGAUACACUUGAAGAACACCGAAGUUGAAAACACUAAAUUAGCAUCAGAGGUUCAGACACUAAAGAAUUUGGAUGGCAAGAAAGAAAAUCUGAUAUCAUAUUAUAAAGAGGAGAUUGGUAGGCUACAGCUAUGUGCAGCUGAAAAGGAAAAGUUAAAGAGAGCAUUCUUGCUUACCUCAUCAAACAAGGAAGAAGCAAGCAUUUUAAAAGAACAGCUUCGGAAAGCUGAAGAUCAGAUUCAAGCUAGCCGGCAGGAAGCUAUGCUGAUGUCAAAAGAGCUUAGCGAUGCAGUCAAUGUGCGUGAUAAAACUAUGGCGGAUCUCCAUAGUGCUCGACUAGAAAAUGAGAAGGUGAAGAAGCAGCUCACGGAUGCUCUAGCUGAACUUAAAAAAAUCACUCUUGUGAAUAAUGAACAGGAAACUUCAAGUGUUGUGGAGAAAGAACUGCGCAGAGAAGUUGAAGACUUAAAGCUCCGUCUGCAGAUGGCUGCUGAGCAUUACAAGGAAAAAUUCAAAGAAUGUCAGAAGCUGCAAAAACAAGUCAAUAAACUUAUUGACCAGACUAAAAUUUCAGAUAAUCAACAGAAUCUGGCAGAAGGCUCAAAAAGUGAAAUCCAUAUGGUCCAGGCUGGAGAUAAAAAGUUGUCUACAUCUCCAGUUAGCCCCAUUUCACCUGAUACAGUUUUGGAGUUUUCAGAGAAGGAGCAAGAUCGUGAAAAGAAUAAGGAAAUUGCAGACAAAACAGAAAAGUAUAAGACAUGCAAGCAGAUGCUGUCAGAUGAGAAAUUGAAAUGUACUGUCUAUGCUGAUGAAAUCGCCAAGUGGGAACUGAAAUGGAAGGAGCAAGUGAAAAUAAGUGAGAGUGUGAAGCUGCAGCUAGCUGCAGUGGAAGACCAGUACCUGGUUCAGUUAGCUGAAAAGGACAGAAAGAUAAAUGAGCUGACAUCCCAUUUGGGUAUCCUUACUAAUGAGAAGAAUCCUGGAAGGAGACUAGAAAAUCAGACAGACAGAAUUACUGAAGAACUGGUCUCUCAGCAAGCAUUAUAUUUUUUCAAUCCAGUUCUCAGUUCUGAAGAUAAUGGAAAAGUUCCUGCGGUGCCAACUAGGUUACCAGUAUUACAGUAUGGAAACCCCUAUACAACCCAGGAAACUAGAGAUGGAGCAGAUGGUGCGUUUUACCCUGAUGAGAUCCAGAGGCCACCUAUCAGAGCACCCUCUUGGGAACUCGAGGGCAAUGUAGUAUGCAGCCAGCCUGCUCGUAAUCUCAGUCGGCCUGAUGGUUUAGAAGAUCCUGAAGAUAGUAAUGAUGAUGAGGCAGGUGCGCCUUCUGCUCCUGAUCCACCAAACGUACGCUUACAUGAACGUGGAACAGGCUUUUGUUUUGAUUCCAGUUUUGUGCACAUCAAGAAGUGCCCUCUUUGUGAAGUGAUGUUUCCUCCAAACUAUGACCAGACCAAAUUUGAAGAGCAUGUUGAAAGUCACUGGAAGGUGUGUCCAAUGUGCUGUGAACAGUUCCCUCCUGACUAUGAUCAGCAAAACUUUGAAAGACAUGUUCAAACACACUUUGAUCACAAUGUUUUAAAUUUUACCUAGCUUCGGGCAUCUUAAUACAGUUUUGCUCAUACAAAACUUGAAUGAGAUUUGUAAGACAAGAGAAUGCAAGAACUUGAGUUAAACUUGUUAUUUAAAGGCAUAGUGCUCUGCACUGCACUUGAUUCAAAGUAAACCUCUCACCUGUUUAGUAAGUGUUGGGUUAGCUUUCUUUGAUCUAGUAUGCACCCAAUGCUGUUAUCUAUCAGUAUUUAUUCCUUGGCUUACAAAAUGCUUAAGAACAUAGGAUAUGAAUAGGCUUGUUCAGAAACCUCAACAGUCCAGUUCACAGUAGUGUCAAGUUUACCAAAUGACAUUACUUUGCUGUUGCUUGUGCUAACAUAUAAUUAGAUACUAAUAUUCUCAUUCCAUAAUAAUAAAAUGAGGUUUCUCAGUAAUCUUGUGUGUAUCCUUCAUAUCAUCGUUGAAUCUGAAAAAUAUAUAAUUUAUCUAAUGAAUGUAUAGUUUUUAUGUCUUAUUUCAUAAGUGUAGCUGCAAUGAGAUCAAAUGCUUAUGGAGAAAACAUCCUUAUAGCAACAGUCAUUUUAAACAGCAGUUAUGUCAUCUUGCAAAUGUCAUGUUUACUAGUAAUCUAGUAAUUUUGAACACUUAAACCUUUUGGAAAAUAAUUGUAUAAAAUGGCUACAAUUGGCUUAAUUUGUAUUUUGUUUAGAUUUUUAAUGUAUAUGUAGAGCUCCUCUCCUUUCAGGAUUGUUUAACAAGUUGUGUUUAUAGAACUAAGGUUUCUGGAAUCUUCUGCAUUCUCCUUUGCACAUUUUCCCCCCAUUACAUUUGUGGUGUGCAUCUAAAACACUAUAUUUUUAAAGAGUAACUUAAACUUUAGUAAGCAGCUUGAUCCUUUUGGAUAAAAUUAUUUUCUUUGUCUGAUGUACAAUAGUCAAAUUAAAGACAAAACCUAAAUAUUGA